GCCUCCACCAGUGUUCGUUUUCCUGAUGUGUGGACUGAGCUGAAGGACGGUUGUUUUGUCGUGUCUCAGAUUAAUAUUUGAUCACUUAAAGAUGAGUUCAGUCCAGAAUCUGAGAGAGUUGAUCAACCAGCGACUAACUGCUGCUGCUGAAGAAAUAUUCACAGAAUUUGAGAAAACCAUCGUCCAGUACGAGGAAGAGAUCGAUCGUCAGCGCAGACUGCUGGAUAACAUCUGGAAACCACAGAUAACACAACACACAGCAGAUCUCCCAAACCAACAUGUCUGUGAGGAGAAGGAGGUUGUCACUGAGCAGAAUGUCUGUAACCAGGAGAGAAACUCCAGUCUGGACCAGGAGAACCCAAAGCCUCCACAGAUUAAAGAGGAAGAGGAAGAACUCUGCACCAAUCUGGACCAGGAGGAGCCAAAGCCUCCACAGAUGAAAGAGGAAGAGGAAGAACUCUGCACCAAUCUGGACCAGGAGGAGCCAAAGCCUCCACAGAUGAAAGAGGAACAGGAGGAACUCUGCACCAAUCUGGAUGGACAGCAACUUGUACCGAAUCAAGAUACAUACACCUAUAUGCUGGUUCAGUGCAAGUCCAAAUGUAAAGACCUGUCCGGAGAAAUAUACAGAGUUUUUGAGAAGGUGAUUGUCCAUUACGAGGAAGAGCUCAGUCGUCAGCGCAAACUGCUGGAUAUCACCUGGAAGCUUGAAAUACCCUCACAGACAACAGGGCUCCCACAGCAACAUGUCUGUAAGGAGUACGAGGUUUUCACUGACCAGCAACUCUGUAACCAGAAGAGAAACUCCAGUCUGGAUCAUGACAACCAAGAACCUCCACUGAUUAAAAAUGAACAGGAGGAACUCUAUACCAGUCUGGACCAGGAGGACCUGGAGCCUCCAAAGAUUAAAGAGGAGCAGGAGGAAUUCUGCACCAAUCGGGAGGGAGAACAGCUUGGAGUGAAGCAGGAGACUGAUACCUUUAUGGUGACUGUUACUUAUGAAGAAAGUGACCACAGUGAACCAGAGACGAACAGUGACCAGCUCCUCUCUUACAACUACCCUGUAGCUGAGAGUCAGAUCAGGAAGGAAGCAAGCAGGCAGACCCAGGAUUAA